AUGCAGGGAAAGGAAUGUCGUGAUGUGGGAGGUAGUGCCAAUGGAAAUGCUGCCGAUGACGAAUGGACGCAGUGUAACCUGGAUUGGUGUAACUUGCCUGGUCACUGUAAACAUUUAGAACGAUUGAUAUCCGGAGAUGUUUACCAUGUUGACGACGCAAACAUCGCUGCAUCCGGGACUUUUGAUCCUUCUAUGGGUACAAACAGAUCUAGACUAGACACACCACAAACGGAAACCUUGAGAGGAGGCUGGGCAGCCGAAUAUGGUGAUGAUGUCAACCAGUGGAUUCAAGUUGACCUUGGUGACGUUAUGUUAGUGAAUGGAGUUAUUACUCAAGGAAGCGCUAGCUUGAACCAAUGGGUUACAUCAUACAAAUUAUUUUACGGUAAAACUGAGGAGAAUCGGGAGGAGUACAGAAAGGUCCUAACAGGAAAUGUGGACCAAAACAGUUACGUUACUAACGUGAUUGAACCACCCGUGCUAGCCAGAUUUGUGCGCAUUAAUCCUCAAACCUGGAAUAUUCACAUAAACAUGAGAUUUGACGUCAUCGGAUGUUCCAUUCCAGAAGGGAAUAGUGUGGAUGAAAAGGGGGGCUAUGUAGGGCUGAAUACGAUGCCAAGUGGUGUUAUAACAAUAAAUGAUAGCGUACCCUCGAGUAAACUCAACAACACGUUCUGUUUAGAAGCGUGGAUAGAUAUCACUAGGUUAGAACAACAUAAUGCAACUGUUUUUAUUAAGGUGUCUGACACCUUUGGAAUGAUAUUCAGUAAUUCCAUUGACAACAUUGAGCUUCUUACCUAUCUCACUUCAAAUGAUGCAAGAAAGGUUCACACGGUAAAACUAAAUAUGGAAAUCGUGAAACAUUCAAAUAUACUUCAAAUAACUAUGACAAGAGAUGAGGAAAUGAUCGGAUACUUUCUAAAUGGAGUCCAAAUCUUCACCAGUGUAACAGCAGAACAAGAUACCCCAUUGAAUGAAACCACAAAGGAUUUUCUUGUGUUUGCAAGUGGUAACGUCACUAUCUAUUCAGUACAUCUGCAAAACACAAGCUGUUUCGAGACGGAGACAUAUAAAAAUGCCCAAACACUGAAGAAAACUGGCUGCGAGACAUCAGAUAAAAGUACUAGACUAUCAUGUCAGGGGGACGAUGUUCUAGUUAUUGAUACUGUCGAAGUGGGACAAAGCAACAACAGCAAUGGAAUCAACUAUUUGUGUGGGUUUGAGUACAACUCCUCGUGCAAUAUCCAGCCAGUUGGGAACAUCAAUGAGAUCAAGGACAAGUGUGAUAAGCAAAAUGAGUGCAUAGUAAACUAUGAUGAUUAUUCCAAUCUCAGACCUAAUGAUUGUGAUGAAAGCCACAACGUAACAGCAGUUAUCAAAUACCACUGCAUAAAUAUUUCCUCAUUAUUGGACACAAUUCAGAUGUUUGAUAUCAAGGUGCAUACUGACGGGGAUGAAACUGGAAUUGAUUAUUGCAUCAAAGGGGCAGAUGCUCAACAUUCAAUUCCUGUUCUGUAUGAGUGUGGAGAUUCUAUGUUUGGGGAUCGUGUGGCUAUUGUAUUAGACAGCAAUCAAAACCCAGAUUGGAUGAUUUGUAAUGUUGAGAUUUACGCUACACAAGUAUCCUAUGGUCCAACGACGUGUAAAAAUAGACACAAUAAUCAACCAACAACUGAUGACAUUGUCACAACAAAUACUGGAUUCAUCACAACUGAUGACAUUGUCACAACAAAUACUGGUGUCAUGACAACUGAUGACAUUGUCACAACUGAUUACAUCGUCACAACGAAUACAGGAGUUAUCACAACUGAUGACAUCGUCACAACGAAUACUCCAACGAUCACAACUGGAGUCAUCACAACUGGUGACAUUGUCACGACUAAUACUGGACCCAUCACAUCUGAUGCCAAAGUCACGACAAAUACUGGCACCACCAAAACUGAUGAGAUUGCCACAACAAAAACAGGAACCAUCACAACGGAUGAAAUCGUCACAAGGGAGACAGAAACCAUCACAACUGAAGUCGUUUUAACCACGAAUACUGGAACCAUCACAACUGAUGACAUUGUCGCACAAAGAAAUCGUGAUAUCUCAACAACAACUAGAACCACCAAACAAACUGUCAUCUCUACUUCAUAUCCAAACCAAACAAUUCCAACUGGAUUUAAAGCAUCGCCAGAAACUGCUAUGACCAAAACUUCACCUUUGAUGAUUGUAUUUAAAGACAUAGCAGAGGAAGCUGAAAAGGCUGAUGAAUAUGUGUAUAUUAAAAGAAUCGAGUAUGAGCCACGUGAAGCGAAAUAUGCAGCUGCUAUAGCAAUCCCAGUAUGUGUCCCACCUAUUAUCUUUAUCUCGGUGGUCGUUAUUUUAGACCUCCCAAAGCUUAUAAUGGAUAUCACACAAGCUUAUAAUUUAAUUGUAUAUGGAACAAAAAAGAAACCAAAGAUUGGGCCGAAAGCGCCCAUAUUGAAGGCGAAUGAACCUAAAAUUGAAAAUGACAAUAUCAAAACAUAA